AUGAAGAGCGCGCGCCGUCGCGAGAGCUCGCGCCUGCUGUCGCUCCCCGACGAGCUCCUCCAGCCCAUCCUCGCGCUCGUCCACGAUCCGCGCGACCGCUGCAGCGUCGCGCUCUCCUGCUCGCACCUCCGCCGCCUCUCCCGCCGCACGCCCCACUCGCUCCACCUCCACUCCUUCGCAAAAAAACAGGGCGUCACCCCCAGAGAAUGGAUGAGGAACCUCGACGUUUAUCCUGGGGUAUUUACCCAUAUAAUGGACCUCACAGUGGAGGUUAGUUGCACCACGCUGGAGCAGAUUCUGCGCGCAAUCGGCGCGGGGUGCCCGCGGCUGGAGAGGCUGAAGCUCGUGUUGUCGCGCGACCGGUUGCUCAUCAACGCCGCCACGUGGAGGAAGCUCGCCACGCAAUGCCCAUCCACUCCCCACUCACCUGGAACGACCCGCCGCCUCCCCCAGUGCAUGCCUUCCCCUCACUGCGCUCUCUCACCCUCCUCUACGCGCCCACGCACUACCGCUUCGUCGCCCUCUGCUCCUCCCUCACCUCCCUCACCCUCUCCCGCCCCUACGCCUUCGGCCUCUACACUCUCGCGUCCGCCUCCUCCCCGCUCCGCCGCUCCCUCUCCUCCCUCACCAUCCACUCUGGCGCGCUCGAGGCCGCCCUCAAGCCCCUCGCCUUCUUCCCUCGCCUCGCCUCGCUCGCCUUCCAUCCACUCCUGCACCAUCGACCCCUGCGACCUGCACACCCUCGCUCGCUCGCUGCACACGCUCACCCAUCUGGCCGUCCACGACUGCCCCAUGAUUCCCAGCCACUCUCUUGCAGCGCUGGUUGAAGCCAACCCCGCUCUCGCCUCCCUCUCGCUGCACUCCACCUCCUACUUUCUCUUCAUCCCACAAGGCCUCCGGGAUCUGCUCCUCUCGUCCUCCUCCCGCCUGCACACCCUCACACUCUCCGGGCUGCCCUUGUACCGCCCGGGCAUGCUUGCAUGCUGCAGCAAUCUGCAACGCCUCACGCUGAGAGGACGAGAGGCGGCGAGCGGCGGUAUCUUGCCGUCCAUGUCGCCGCAGAAGCCGUCUCUGGACUGCCUUGUGGCCAUGCUGGUGCGCGUGGAGCAGCCGGGGAUCGUUGUCGGACCGCAGGGAAGGGAUGAUGGAGUGGUGGGGCUGGAAGGGGCGAUGGCUGUGGAGAACGAAGGGGGAGGAAGUACCGCUGCUUUCCCUGCAGCAGCAGCAAAAGAAGAAGCAGAAGCAGGAGAUGAAUCAGAGGCAAUGACAAUCGGAGAAGCAGAAGCAGCAGAGGGCGUCGAACCGGCAUCACCGGCAUCAGCUGCCACGCCGGUGGUGGCCUGCGAGGGGGUGAGGGGCAGCAGCAGGCGACGGUACGUGGACCUGGCCGUGGAAGCAGCAGCAUCAUGCGGUGACUUUGUGGCAGCAAUGAACAACUGGAUGGACCUCAUGGAGACAUCCAAGUGGAAGCUCAAGGAAGCCGCCGUAGAGGCGCUGCACCGCCGCCACUUGCACCACGGCGUGGGGGCCCUCUCCCACAUCCACCAGGCCGUCGUUCACGUGCGCUCCGCCAUCCUGCUGUGCCGCUGCGUGCGCCUGGCUAAGGCCGAAAUGAAAAGCAGCAGUGCACGCCAGGAGGCCCUUGCAAAGGCCUGCCGUGCUGCCGAGGCUGCAGGCUUCUUCACUGCUGCUGUGGAGGAGGAAGUGGAGGCGCAGACGGAGUGGAAUGAGGAGGGGGGGGGGGGAGGGCAAUGGAUUGAUGCGGAGGAGGUGGUGCGAUACAUGCCAGAGGAUGACCUGGAAGACGAUCUGGCGGCCGUGAGUGAGAAGCUGCUAGCGUGGGUGGCGGUGCCGCAGGCAGACGCACGGGAGCUGCUGCGUGCGCUGAUGGAGCUGCUGCUGCUGGAGAUGGAGGACAUGGGCGCUCGCUUCGACAUCAAUGAUCCUGCUCCGCCCCACCCCGCAGCACUGCCCGCGCCGGCAGCACUGCCCGCGCCAGCAGCACUGCCCGUGCCGGCAGCAGUGCCUGGGGCAGCGGCAGGAGGGCUGGUCACCGCAGCAGCGGGAGCUGGGGCAGCGGCAGCGGUGCCGGCAGCACAAGGAGCAGCAGAAGGGGCAGCAACAGAAGGGGCAGCAGCAGAAGGGGAAGCAGCUGGGGCAGCAGCAGGUGAAGCAGCAGCAGAAGGGGCAGCAGCAGAAGGGGCAGCAGCAGAAGGGGCAGCAGCAGAAGGGGCAGCAGAAGAAGGGGCAGCAGAAGAAGGGGCAGCAGCAGAAGGGGCAGCAGCAGAAGGGGCAGCGGCAGAAGGGACAGCGGCAGAAGGGACAGCGGCAGAAGGGGCAGUGGCAGAAGGGGCAGCAGCAGAAGGGGCAGAAGCAGAAGGGAAAGCAGCACAGGAGCCAACAGUCUCAGAAGCAGAAGCAAGAGGCGCAGUGGGAGAGGACCCGAGAGCAGCCGGAGCAUCAGAGCAGCUGCCAAGGGCCAAGCAACUGGGCGGCAGAAGCUCAACCCACCCACCGCCACAGGGGAGCGCACUCUCUAACAAGAGCACACCUUCAAAGACGAGCACACCUGCGACUCCUGUGGAAGUGUUCUGCCCUCCACUGGACUCGUUAACCCUUCACACCAUUCGCUUCGUCUCCACUUGUGACCCUUCCGGGCUACCCUCCCUCACCUCUGCCUCUCCCCUCAUGUGCCCCUAUCCCCCCACCACGCCCUUCCCUUCCCUUCCUUCAUCGUCCUCCCCCUCCUCUACUAUCCCAAGACUGAGUAGCGAGCCACAGUCCUUUGAGUCGCUGGCACGAGCUGCUGUCUUCAGAAGGCUCAAGAGCUUGGCUCUCGUUAACUGCUGUGGGCUGGAGGAGGGGCAGCUGGUGGAGCUGCUGCGUGCAUGUGGCAUGCUGGAGGAUCUAAGGGUGGAAGGCUGUGAUGGCUUCUCAGACAGCGUGAUAGCAGCAAGUAAACUGGUGCUGUUGACUCGGUUGAGUGUGGUGGGGUGCAGUGGAAUCACUGCAGACGCUAUCGGUGGGUUGCUGGGGAACGUGCCAAGGCUGCGGUUUUUGAAGGUGGAAGUUAACAAGGUUUCUGAAAGGGCUCGGCGGGAGCUGCUUCGUGCUGGAGUGGUUGUUAGGGGAGUGUGA